AUGACACUGGCCUCGUUGCGCUGGUUCACUUCAUCCACUCAGGAUUUCCCUUUUAAACGUCACAAGGUGCCUCGAGCUUGCCAACAAUGUCGAAGGAAGAAGAUUCGUUGCGAUGGCAAGAAGCCUUGUGGACGAUGUGUGCAACAAAGUCUCGAGUGUAGCUAUGCGGAACAACAACCACGAGCUGGCGGGCGACGACGAUCAAGCGACCCAGUUUCAAAAAACGCCACUAACACCACCAGCAACACAGCAGCAGCAGCAGCCUCUUCUUCACCACCCUGUCGUCAACCACUUUCCCCUUCACCAUCUCCAUCACCCAAGCAACAGCAACAUCAACAACAACGACAUCAUUUUGUUCGAGAACGCCUUGAUCGAAUAUCUUUCUCUGACGACCUUUACAGUGCAAUGUCAAUACAAUACAAUAACGAUUCAAUCAUCCAUCGUAGUCAACUCUUCAAUAACAACAAAUGCCUACCACCACUCAUGUAUGACUUUUUCCAUUUCACAUCACAACCCCACACCAUAUGGUCAACAUUCAUUAGACGUUUCAAACACUAUCAUCGAAUCGCUAUCACUCAACAGCAAUCCUCUUCACAACAAGAAACGACGACAUCAGCAAUACGAGAUUUGUUAGAGGAGGCAUUGACCAUUUUUGAACGACAUCAUUUGCUAUACAGCUCUUUAUUUGAUAUUGAGAACCUACGCAACAACACCUUGUGUCCUCAGUUCCUAAGUCACAUGAACAAUGUGCCUAAUACCAAAGAUGCCACCACACUAUUUGCUAUUCUUGGUCUCGUAUUUCGUGCAGCUUUCCAAUCACUUGCAAUCCUAUUAUCCAAUGACAUGGCAACGACGCUGGAACAUUGUGCUGCUGCAUUUGCUCAGGAGGCGCAACACCGUUUCCUUCGCAUGACGUUUUUUGAAACAGCGACAUCCAAGGACACGGAGACGCUUUUUGGACUGGUGGCGGUCGCUAUACUUUUGACGCAUUAUCUUUGUACAGCAUUGUGCCAGGAAAACGCUUAUAUGGUACUCCAUCUUGGCAUUGCCUAUGCAUCACGAUGUUCACUUGGUGCCAGGAUCAAGGCCUUUGAUAGCCAACAUGGCCGUAAAAACAACAAGAGGAGAAACAACAGCACAAAGCGGAUUACAGAGGAUCGAUGGAGAAAGAUGUAUAUUGUGCUCAAUGCAUGGCAGAUAUGGAUGUCAUUUUAUCUUCAUCGGGAUAUGACUGACCAUGGUGGCAACCUUGUGGAGAUUGCUCGUGAUUGCCCAUUAUCAUCAGAAAAAGAUUGGGCAUUGCAUGCCGUCGUCGAUUACGUGGACUUUUUACAACGCAUUACCCAUACAGAGACGGAUUGUAUGGAUAUCAAGUACGAAAUGGAUCAAUUGGCACAAAAAACGGGCAUUUGCAAUAUCAAGGAGACCAAUCUCCCGGCGUGCACGCUAUCACUCUUUCAUCAUGUACUUUCAAUACAGCUCUUUUCAUGUCAGCAACAAGAUGAUCCAUGCAAGACGACGAGCAACAACAACAAUGAACGUAUGAUUCUUGAUGUGUGUGGAAGUUCAGCUGCCAAGAUUGUGGACAUUAUCGAUGGAUUAACAAUGGAAUAUCACGCUCCCAUGACAAAGACCAGCAAACAGCAUGACCCCAUUAAUACAGCUGUAUUAUAUCCCCUUUGUCUUGCAACAUCCACCAUUUCAACAUUGUACAGCUUACAUCACCACCACCAUCCCACCAGUACUACUAUUAACAACAAACGAGGAUCCUCUCAAAAGUCAUCUAUACCAGAUACCAAUUUGCCUAUUUUCAAGUUGCGUCGUUUAUUGAAUCCCAUUUGUUCACAAGUAUCAGCAGCCAGUGUGAUUUCCAGUACAUUGGAUGAGAUCCAAGCAGCUGUACGACGAUCAUCAACUAGCUGCUCUCGAUCAUCUUCAUCUUCUAGUGGCACAUUGACUACUACUACUACUACAUCAACGACAUUAAGUCAACAAGAGGAGCAGCAGCUUCAUCCAUCAUCGGAGGAGAUGACAUGGCAACUGGACUCGACCCAUUUGGAGCAACAACAGGAUGCCAAUGACAAUGGUCGUAAUCUUGCAGAGGAUGAGGAUGAUAUUCUGUUACCAGAUGACCUUUUCAGAUCAUCCACGACCCGAUACAUGUAUCCAGCCCGCAAUGAAGUAGACCGCCAACAACUCGACAAGCUUUUUCACAAUAAGGAUCUAAGGAGCAAUUCAGCCAUUGCAACAUAUCAUCACCAUGGCAACGGUGCAACGCAAGGAGUUGACUUUGGUGGUGGAAUCACUACAGCUCCUACACCAUCAUUAUCAAUUUCCGAACGAGGUCAAAAACGGCGAUUUGCUUCUUCGACCAUGCCUGUGAAGCGUACUCGAGGAUCAAUGGAUGCAUUAUCGUGUUACGGGAAUGAACAAACAACAAUGCCAACCAACCCCAACACAUUUCCAGUGCCAGAUCAACUUGCGGAAGAACCAUUUGUUGGAUUUCCAUCCUACACAGAUGAUGGAGGCUUUUUGUUGAUGGACAUUCAAGCGAAUGCUAUAGCAGCUGCAGCUGCGACAGUGACCAAUUUCAAUAGCGAGCGGGAUAAUCCAUCCACUUCUUCUACUACUACGGCAGCAACCACGACAAGGCCUACGAUUGAAAGUGCAUCGUCCGGAGGAGGAGGAGGAGGAGGAGGAGUAGCACCACCACUGCCGCCACCCUCAUCAUCAUCGACAUCAUCAUCUGAGCCUUUCAUUACAGGUAUUCUGGAAGACAAUGAUGAUAGUAUUCCUCGUCAACUCCCACCACCACCCAAGCAUCAACAACAAAUGCCAAAGAAUUGGAGUGCUAUUUCUCAUCAACAGCAACAAAGAAACCGAGAUGAACCAUUCCAAGCUUCUGUACUCGAAACGCUUCAUCCAAACACGCUAGGAUCCACUUCGACUACAGCUACGAUGGGAAUGUAUCCAAUCGUCCAAUCGAAUCAGCAACAUCAUCAUCAACAUCAUCAACAGCAGCUUUACUCUUCUACUACUACUACUACUGCUCAACAACAUCAACAACAACAGGGUGGAACAGGGGAAACGGAAGGGGAUGAUCAUAAUAUGGUACCUUACUUUUUCAACAUGGGGAAUCCAUUGGCUCAACCUACCACAACGACUCCCAAUGCAUGGAUGGCUCCUACAAAUGCACGUUCAAAAAUGCCAACGUCGUCUUCACAACCCAGCUCAUCUACACAACAUCAACAACACCCAUCUUGGAGAAAUGUGACGCCACAACAACAAAAUCCAUCCUUUGCUGCAGGAGUGCGACAACAUCAUCAUCAGCGUGGUAUUCUAAAUCAUCAAGGUCAUCCAACAGCUGCUGCACAAUGGCUCCAAAUGCCACCCACAGCGGCUGCUGCAGCGGCUGCUGUUGCUGCUGCUGCUGCCAAUGACAAGAUGCUCCCUGUAACAGCCAACGACAUGCUUGCCACUUGGCCUAAUGGAUAA